AAGUAGACAGCCGGUCCAGGGACACAGCUCAGCGCCAUCUUGGCCAGGAGGCCCGCAGCUUCCUUCGCCGUCCGAGAAAUCUACUGGACUGAAACAUCCCAUUCACGAUUCAGCAUCCGCUUGGUCUCAUUUAUGAGUUCAGCAUCCGAGCGGUCGGUUCGUGCAGAAGGUUCGCCUCAUCAGAGCAAUCCGUUUCUAAGACGACGUUGCAGUCGCCCUUUGACUGAGCUUGCCACCAGACUCGCCUCCUGAGCUUGCCGUCGCCAUCGUCCUGUGCACCUGCCUCUUAAGGCAUUACGUUGAGAAAAUGGCAAUCUUCCAAGCAAGAACAUGGCUUUCCAGAAGCUUCACUACUCUUUCAUCUAACCCUUUGCGUGUUUGUGUUGUUGGAAGUGGUCCUGCUGGUUUCUACACUGCUGAGAAGAUGUUGAAGGCACACCAAGAAGCUCAAGUUGAUAUCAUUGAUAGGUUGCCGACACCUUUUGGGUUAGUCCGCUCGGGUGUUGCGCCUGACCACCCAGAAACAAAGAUUGUCAUCAACCAGUUUUCAAGGGUAGCACAGCAUGAAAGAUGCUCAUUAUUUGGAAAUGUAGCUCUUGGGUCUAGCGUUUCUCUAUCUGAAUUACGUGAGCUGUAUCAUGUGGUUGUGCUCGCAUAUGGUGCUGAAAGUGAUAGAAGCCUUGGAAUUUCUGGAGAAAAUUUGAAGGGGGUAUACUCCGCCAGAGAAUUUGUUUGGUGGUAUAAUGGGCAUCCUGAUGCAAGAAAUCUUGACCCGGACUUGAAAAGCACUGAUACAGCUGUAAUUCUUGGUCAGGGAAAUGUUGCGCUUGAUGUUGCACGCAUUCUUUUACGGGCUAGAACUGAGUUGGCAACGACUGAUAUUUCUAGACAUGCUUUGGCUGCUCUAGAGGAGAGCUCUAUAAGGAAGGUCUAUUUGGUUGGAAGACGUGGUCCUGCCCAAGCAGCUUGUACUGCUAAAGAGCUACGUGAAAUUCUCGGUAUUCAUAAUCUUGAUAUUAAAAUUCAGGAAACUGAUCUACUUCUAACUCCUGCAGAUGAGGAAGAAUUAAAGAGUAGUCGUAUACAGAAAAGAGUUUAUGAAUUGCUAUCUAAGGCAGCUACUUCAAAGCCUGCACAUGCUUGUCUGAAUCAACGUGAACUCCAUUUUGUCUUUUUCCGGAAGCCAGAUAGCUUUCAGGAGUCAAAAGACAGAAUUGGCCAUGUUUCAAGUGUGCGCUUUGAGAAGACAGUUUUACAAGGGGUGGGCCCCAGGAAACAGGCUGCUGUUGGUACUGGACAAUUUGAAGAUACAAAAUGCGGGUUGGUACUCAAGAGCAUUGGUUACAGAUCAAUACCAGUUGAUGGCUUGCCUUUUGAUUAUCAGAAAGGUAUAGUUCCCAAUAACGAAGGUCGAGUGCUGAGUGAUGCUUCAGGGGAUUCUACAUUACUUGAGGAGGGUUUGUAUGUUUGUGGUUGGCUGAAGAGAGGGCCAACUGGAAUUAUUGCCACAAACCUUUACUGUGCUGAAGAAACUGUGUCAAGCAUAUCAGAAGACCUUAAUAAAGGAGUUUUGGUACCAUCGUCGAUCUUGCCAAAACAAGGCAGAGACGGUCUUCGCCAGCUCCUACAUGAUAGAAAUGUAAGAAUAGUUUCAUUCAGUGAUUGGGAGAAGAUAGACACUGAAGAAAAGAGGCGUGGAAUUACAGUAAACAAACCUAGGGAAAAACUAGCCACGUGGGAAGAACUGCUGAAAACUGCCUCAGGAUGAACCAGUUCUUCCAUAUGAUACUUCAAGAUUAGCUUGGUAUAUGCAGCAUACCUACAAAAAAAAUUGAAAAUAAUUGAAAAAGAACUACCAAAAUGUAGAUUAGCGUAUUUGUUCUCUUCAUCUUUAGAGCAACAUUCUUUUCUCUUCCUUUUCAAUUUUUGAAAAUAGUUUUGUUAAUUCUACAUUGUUAGAUCCUCUCCUGUGAGGCAUGAAUGGUUGGCUGCAAUACAAAUUACAAAUGCAAAAUACUGUUGAGCAAUGACAUUAUCCAAGUCGCAUGCUUUGAGAGUUUUAAGACACUAUUAUUGUUCCUUA